AUGCAAAGCGAUAUAAUUGUGAGCAAGGAUUUACCAGAUUACAGUAAAGGCAGGAUGAACGGCGUGAUGAAUAUAAGUGCCUAUAGCGGUAGCGGGGCCCCUGGCUGCAGGGAGCAAACGAAUGAAGGCAGCACAAGUGCCAUCUACGAGGAGGGGAAGGCACUCAAUUACGACCGCGCGAGUAGUGCCACGUUCAAAGAUGACCUUGAGAGUAGCAGCGACUGGAAUAGUUCCCCCGCCGAGUUAAGCACUUCAGCGGUAGCGGCGGCAGGAGCGGCGGCGGCAACGGCGGCAACGGCGGCAACCCCACCCAGUGAUGAACGAAAGGUAAGUAACUCCAUCGAUACAGCGCACGUAGCAACCAUUUCCGCAGCGAAUAAAAAUUAUGACCAUGUUCAGAAUAGUAACCGCGCAAAUGGUAAUUGUGAGAUGAAGGACUCCAACGACGUCCGAGCGAGUGACGAAACGAUUACGCACAGUGUUGACGAUGUAGGGAGCCUCAAAAAAACCAGCACACUUCCCAGUUUGGAGGCGAUUGCGGCCAGCGAGAUGGUGCCAGCUGCGGUAGAAAAGAAUCGAGCCAGCUGCACUGACAUCGGCGCGAUUUCUCCCAGUGAUGCGAAGGAACGCGGACUCGCCAAAGAGGAAUUCGGGGGCGAGGAGGCGGCGAACCCAGGAGCGAACUGCCCCGCGGUAAAUAUCAGCAGUGUUAAGUUCCCAAGUGUAAAUUGCCCCACGGUGAAUAUAAAUUGCCCCAGUGCGAACGCGUCUGCCGAUGCAGCAAGUGACUCCAAGAGCAGCGACGCGCCCGUGCGUUACAGCGAAAGUGGCGCGGGCGACCGGAAGGACUUCAGCGGCGGGUAUGCCUCCCUGCGGGUGGGCAGCGUUAAGGGCACCGACGACGCGUGCGCGGAUGUGCCAAAGUUGAAUGCGACCAUCGAAAGUGACAUAAAAAUGAGUAACGCCUCUGUGUGUGCAAACUUGGUAGGGGGCGGCGAGGGACACUUAAGUGAAGCGGCCCAUUGCAAGGAGGGCACCCCAAAGGAUGCUGGUCUCAAUAAUUGCAGCGAUAAAGCGGCAGGCUGCCAAGGCGCCGCGCGUAAGGAAGGCGGCCAGUUCGAAAGCGGACUCGCGCAGGAGGGCAGUAUCGGUCAUAGCGGCGGAGGCCACAGCGCGAGUGCGGGAGGGAGCGGCAAUGCCAGCGGGGGAGGCGGCAACAGUGGGGGAAGUAACACCGGCGGAAGUAGCAACAAUGGGGGAAACAAUAAUGGAGGAAGCAACACCGGCGGAGGUAGCAAUACUGGAGGAAGCAACAGCGGAGAGGACGGCGAGAAAAACGACGGGGACAAGCACAGGAAGAACGGGCACCAGGACGCGGGCAGCGGCGAGGGGAGCGGCUCUUUGGAGAACCCCAACGAGGGGAAGGGCGGGGAGGACUCGAGGAAAAACGGAAACGGUGGCGAUCGCGGUGACGAUCGCAGUGACGACCGCAGCCACGGUCAGAAGAAGGACGAACAUAGUGGCAAAGCUGCAGAUGGCGCGAACCGAAGUAGCAACCCCAGUGAGAGUGGGAAGAAGAAUAAAAGCAGUAACAGCGUUGAAGGGAAGAGUGGCAGCGGCAAAGGCCAUUCCAUGUCUUCCUCCAAGCCGAGCAGUAACAGUGUGUCCACGCCAGUUAGUUCCCUAAACGCAGAUGCACCCGAGUUUGUGCCAUCGACGAAAGGAAUGCCUGGAAAUUUGUCCUUCAAUAAUUUAAUGUGGAACCAUUACUACCAAGAUAUGUCGAACGGAGCAUUUGGAGGAGUAGCAGCGAAUGGAAUGAUUAACAACUUGGCUGCACAGGGAAGCAAUAGCAUGAUGAGUCCCCCCAACCCUUUGUUAAGUCCUCUUGGUGGAAUGGGCCAUGGUCCAGGUGAUUUGCUAAACUUAGCGAAUUCCAGUCAUAUGUCCGCAUCGAAUGGUGGCAUCAGUUUAAGCAUUCCCAACAAUGCAGGUGUAAUGUUACCCCAGGUGAGUAAUCUAAGUAAUAUAGAUGCCAGGAAUAAUGAAAAGGGGAAUAACCUCCCCAGUGGUGGUGGCGGCGUACCUGCCUCCACCGGCGGGAGCGUUAACAAUCACGCAGGCAACAAAUCCGUGAGCAGUUCGAAGCUGGGGAGUAGUAGCAAUAAUAAUGCCAACUCUACUGGCCAUGAUAACAAUGUUGCGACAGCUUCAUCCAACAUGAUGCAUGGCUCGGGAGCGGCUGCUGUAGUAGGAAAAGGAGGUGCAAAUAGCAGUGGCACUGAUUCUACCUUUUUAAAUCAAAGCGGGAUGCUACCAGGAAUGAAGAACAUGAGAGCUAAUAAUUUUAUGAACGGCUCUGAAAGUUCCGGCCCUCCACCAUUUCACACGAUAGACCCGCAUAACGCAGGUCAUCAUCAAGCUUUUCAACCAAAUGGGUCUAUGAUGCAUCCGCACAAUUUUUACGUCAACCAUCCGUAUUUAAUGAAUAACCAUCCACAUGCACAUCCACAUCAUCCUCACCACCCUCAUCCGAACGCUUUACCGGGACCUCCACAGUCAUUAUUCACUCCUAUGUCAUAUGCAAAUUCGUUGGGAACUGCGAAUGUUCAUCAUGAGUUUCCUUUCCCACAACCUCCCCCUUCUGUGUAUGGUUCCUUUGGCAACAGUACUAACCUGAUUGGAAGCAACACGACGACUGCCUUAUCUUCUUCGAAGAACGGAACGAUGGGGAUGAAUCCAUACAGUUUCAUGUCAUGUGGAUUACCUGCACAUCCUCCCCCUCCCCAGUUACAGCAUAAUGCCCCCUUAAAUUUGAGUGCCCCUUUGGAAGCCCACUUCAUUUCGGGCAGCACGGGCAACGCAGCGCCGCCCAUGAAAAUCCCAUACAAUCAUGUGGCCCAGCCGAACAGAAGAAACAUGUUUAACCACUUUAAUAUGGCCAAUAUGCACGCCGGAGGGACUACCCUCACAGAUGGUACCUUUGAACAUGGCGUGAGUAGUAACAACAGUAAUAUGAGCAAUGUGAUUGGAGCGGCAGCGGCUGCAGCGGCGGGAAUUACCUACGGCUAUGGGAACUUUGGCGCCACUCAUAAUGUUAGUGGCAGCAGUAGUGACAACCUACUUCCGACUGGCGAUAAUGCUGGGAGCAACAACAGCGGUAGUGCUGGCGCGGCGAACGCAGGUGCAAACAGUAGCGCCAAUAAUGGCGCGAACAACAACAGUGGAAGUAGCAGUGCCGGUGGAAUGCAGCUCACCCCAGCGUUGGGAAGCAACAUGGGCAUGAGCGCAAAUGGGAGUGUCAUGUGUAUAAAUGGACCUUUGCAUAUGACCAAUGUAAGUGCGACUAAUGUAACCCCGUUGUCUCAUCAUCAUAUGAAUCAAAUGAACAACGUGAUGGCGGCAGGAGCAGCUGCCGGUGGAGCUGCCAUGGGUACGAUGACCGCCGGGGGAAUGCACAUGGGGACAAUGCAAAUGAAUCACAACAUGAUGGUGAAUACCAUGGAGGGGGUGGGCGCCCCGAUUGGCGCAGCAGCGGUUACGAAGCAGCAGAAGAGGAGUAGUACGUACGGCGAAAGGAACGCGAACGGUGGGGGUGGAGGUGGAAGCAACAAUAACAGCAGCGGUAAGGCAGCAGGGUCCCACCGAGAAGGCAAAGGAGGGGUGAAAGGCAGCAACAGUAAUAGUAACAGCGUGAUGGCUAGCAGUGCUGCUGCUGGUGCUGCUGCUGGGGGUGGAAGCGGAGGAGGGGCGACCGGCCUGACUUCCUACGGCAAGCAAGACAGCAAGAAAGGCAGCAAGUACGGCGGAAGUGGUGUCGGAAGCGGAGCAGGAGGAAACAACAUGAACGUGAAUUUUAAUGCCCAUUCCGGGAACAACGCGGGUCAUGCCAUGGGCAGCGGAUCAAAAAAUAUGUACGCCAGUGGAAAGGGAGCAAAGCAGGAGGCGCUCUACGGAAGGGAUGAAAAUGGAAACGCGACUACAACAACCCCCGGGGCGACUGCAUCCCCAGCGAGCAACGGCUAUUUCGGCAAAGGAUCCACAGGAAAUAAUAAUAAUAGUAACGCCCUCUUGUCCACCGGUCCCGGUAGCAACAAUAUGAGCGGCGCUGUGCACCAGAAGGAGUCCGAUUUGAGUGGCGGCCUGAAUGAAAGCCUAGAUGACAUUAGCGCUAACAAACAUAUGCAGUAUGAUGGCAGCACCAACGAAGGGGGAAAGGGCUCCUUUAAGGGAAAAGCGGGAGCUUACAGUAGUCUUGGCAACUCCGGUAAUGCUAGAAGCAAAGGGAACAACAGCAGCAGCUCGAACAAUAUGGCCUCCGCCCAUGCCGCAGUAACUGGUAGCAACAAUGAAGCCAUCGCAGCAGGUGAAAAGAGAUUCUUUAAUAAACAUGAAAAGGGUAAGGACGAUUACAAAGGGGGCAAAAGUUACGGAAGUAACAAAAUGGGCGAGGAAAAAGGGAGCUACAAUCACAUCGGAGGGGGAGCAUCAGCAGGAGCCGCAGCAAGCUCGAAGAAGGAUGCUUCGAAGGAUAACAUCAAGGGGGGAACGAAAAAUGGAGAGGUGCAUGUGAAGAAGCAGUGUAAUAACGAUCUGCUUGGACACUCGAAUAGCGGCAAUAUGGCCAAUCAGCAGCAACCCCUCGGCAGCAGCAACAAGCAGCAGGGAAGUUACACAAGCGGUGGGAAGUACCAGAGCAGUGCGGAGAAGCGAGUGGGCCACAUGAGAAAUGCUGAAGGGGGAAAAGGUGGAAGUGAAAAGAAAUUAAAAAAUGAAGAUGAUAAGAAGUUCAAGGAGAAGGAUGGCAAUAUGCUAGCAGGACCUGGAGGAGCUGCAAAGGGUGCGUCGGCCAAAGCGGGAUCCACACCCAUGGGGGGAAGCGGAAGUAAUUUUGCCGUCUCGAAUAUGAAUGACCAGGGCCUCCUUCCAAAUAGCGACAGUAUGAAUGGAAAGAAUCUGCCAGGUGUUGGAACCCCCGAUGGAGUGAAUGGCCCCUACCCGAAUAGCAACUACAACGGAAGUGCUGUAAGUAACAAUAAAAGUGCAAACUAUGGAAAUGCGAAGAAUGCAAAAAGCUAUGAUAAGAAGAACACGGAGUUUUCGUCCUGGGUGAAGAUUGCCAAAAUGAAUCCAAAUAAGAAGAAGGGAGAUAAGGGCAGUCUGAAUGGACAGCAGGAGGGUGGCAGUAAUCACGCCCCUGUUGGGGGAGGUGUUGCCGGAUCAAGUUCCAUUACGAAUGCCACUUUGAAACACCACGACGGUGGUAGCGCUGAGAAAGGAAGCAGCGGUCACCAUGGAAUGGGAGGCGCAGCUGGGGUGGGAGACCCAAGCAACAACUCUUUUAACAGUGCGAAAGGUCGAGGCCACAAUAAUGAAGGCGCAGCUGGAUACUCCAAAGGGGGCAGCUCUACCAUCAAUGGAGCGUUGCAUAUGGGGCAUGAAAACGGACCCCCAAGCAAUGCCCAAAGUAGCAGGGAUGGAAAGAAGCGAAAGGAUGAGGAAGAACAAAGAGCAGAGAGACACAAAGGAAUGAUUAACAAAGAUAUGACCGGAAUGAAUAACAACAGUAGUGUCGUUCAUUAUGGAAAGUCCAGCAAGAAAGGAAGCGAAGAUAAAAGCGAUAACAUGAUGAGUAGUAAUGCGAAGAAUAAGAAGCUAACCUCCUACGGAAGCGGAAAGAAUAGUAGCUACCACGAGAAGGAGAGCGUUAAGGAGAGGGGAGGCAAAAUGAAAUACGACAAUGGAGGAAGCGCAGGAGUGAAGAAGAUGGAAAUGGUGAAUGAGCGAAAGGGAGGUGCGGUAGGAAGCGGCGGUGCGGGAGGAAGCGCUGUUGGGGGAAGCGGCGGAGGAGCAAGCGGUGGAGGAAACGUUACGAACACGUCAGGAAGCAUUUAUUCCUCCCACCGACAGAGGGAAAAAAUGAAAAUCCAAAAUGUAGAAAUUAAGCAGAUUAAUGAGAAGGUUAUGAAGCGAAGGAGUGAGGAUCGAAAAGAAGCCACAGAGAAAAAAGGAGCGGGGGCCCAGGAACACGUGAAAAGGGUCGGCGGCACGGGUAGCAGUAGUAAACACACCGAGAGGGAAGACCAAUCAGAUGCAGUGAAGAAACAAGGCAGGGACCAUCCGUAUGAGGGAAGAAGCAAAGCGCAUUGCAACGGGGAUGUGAAAAAUGCAGAGUACGAACAAGAGCUGGAUGACCACGAAGGCGCGGUAGCAGCAGGGGGUGCAAGGGACGACGGCGUUAAGAAGAGCCACCUGGCGAGCACAUGGACCAGCGGGGUGAGAGGCGAAUCGGGCAGGAAUAAAGACGAGGCCUACCAGAAUGACAGCCAGAACGAGAACAACGCGCAUGCUGGGGGGAGUAGCAGUAUUCAUGAUAAUAACCCCCAGGUGAGGAAGGGGGAGAAUGCGCACAUGAACAAGGAGGGCAGCUAUAAGUACGGAGCGGGGCCAAGCGAGUACCACGGCCACGCCCCGAACCAGAGUGUGAGUGGAAGUGUGAAUGCAAAUGUGAGUGUCAAUGCCGCUGCCAAUGCGCACGACAACCGCUCCGUGUCGACCUACUCCAACUCGAAGAACUCCGUGUGGGACGGAAAGAUCUCCUUCGCGGAAAUGGCCAAGAGGAAGCCGAAGAAGGAAACCAAGGAGCCAAGAGGAGGAGAUUCCAAGAAUGGCAAAUCGGAGUCGUCGCACAACGACAGGAAGAACGCGCACCAUGGGUCGAACCAUAAGGGAGAUAAACCGUCGAAGAGGAGAGACCAACGCGGAAAGAGGUAUGGCUCGAACAGCACCAUUCGGGAUAAGCCAUCCGGAACGACGGUGCACUCUAGAGGUGGCGAAAGUAACGACAAGAAAAAUCACAUCAGUGGUAACAACAAUCAUGGUAGCAACAGCACCAGCAGGGACAGUGCCCGGGGAGGUGCAAGCGAAAUGAGAAAGAGAAACGACUUGAAAGAGCACGCGAAGAAAGGAUAUGAUGGCGGAAGUGCAGCACCCAACAUGAGGGACUCCAGGCGACGCGGGGGGGUCGCAGCAGAUGCGCCGCUAAAAGGUUACCAUAACAGGAGGGAAGAGAAAGAUAUGAUGGACCAUGUGAUGGCUGAUCAGAAUGGCACUCUGUCGGAGGCAGAAGGGUCGGACGACGCCUAUCACAAGCGCAGAGGCGGGGAGGUCAAGAGCGGAUUGAGGGACGGCCUUAUGGAGGAGGAAAAGGGCGAGGUAGACGAAGUGAGCAGGGAGAAUGCAACUGUGGAGGAGGAAGAAGCGGUGGAAGUUUUAGAAGCGGUAGAAGUGGUGGAAGCGGACGAAGCGGUGGAAGCAAUCGAAGGUGAUGGCCACGUUGAGGCCCGCCCCGGUGCCGCGCCCAAACCGGAUAGCCUCCAAAUGGAAAGGGAAGGCCCCAAAAAAAUGUACCACGGGGGCGCAGAAAGGAUGCCCAAUCCUGUUGCGCAUGAAGAUACGGAAGAUGCCGAAAUCGUGGAGGGAAAUAAAAUCGUCGGAAGUAACAACAACGUAACGGAUGACAGUGGCAGCAGCAGCAUCGCCAAGUUCUCCCCCCCAACGGAUGCAGACGUUUCGACGCACCGCACAGAUGAAUGGAGCGAGAAGGGAGCAAAGAGACACGGAAUGAAAGAAGGAUCGGCGAAGCUGUUCCCAGAUGGAUUGUCAAAGUAUGAGAAAAUGAAAUUAGAAGAUGCAGAGAGCGAUUUGCAGGCAGUGGCCUGUGAAGCAGAGCGACAUGGAAUCUCUAUUGGAGGGGCGAAGAAGGCCCACGUGGUUAGUAGCGCUGCCGAUCAUUUUGCAGAAAUGAACGCCCAAGGUGGGCAGAGCAACAGGUUGAGUGCCCUCAUGAAUGGCAAGGUGUUGGAGCCAAGUGGAGACGCGAAAUAUGUGCGCGGGGGAAGCAGCAGCCGUGCGGUGAAGAAGAAGGGAGGAUUGAAGGGUGCAAGCGGUGUUAGCGGUGAAAGGGGAGUAGAAGGCAGGGCAGACGGCAGGGCGGACGGCGCCGGAACGGGAAAAGGCCUGCUGGAGGAGGAGACGAAGACGGCCAUCACCAUCGACACGGAGGAAUCGGUGAAGGUAGCGAAGUUGUCGAACGAAGAUUUGGCGGCAGCAAAGAGUGAAAAGAGCAAAGCGGGAGGGAAGAAGAAGUAUGGCCUCUUUAGCGAUAUUAAGAAGUGGGCCAAGGGGAAACUGGCCGAUGGGGCAGGCGCGGCGGAUGGCGCCCCGCAGGAGGAGAAGAAGGCCAUGGGGGGUGGAAGUAAGGACAACCAGAAUGACGCAGGCGUGGGAAGCGCAGGCGAUAUGGGCGAUGUGGUGAAGAAAGCGGACGACGUGGUGAGGAAGGCGGACGACGUGGUGAGGAAGGCGGACGAUGUGCUGCCCACUGUCGACGUGAAGAUGGGCGGAAUGAGCAACGCGGAUGCCGUGCCAGCCAGCUUGAACGACGAAAAGGAGACCCCCGCCGGUGGCGAGAAGGAGGAAAUUAGUGGAAGCAACGUGGCGCCGGCGAAAGUGGAGACCAAGAGCAAAGCCGAUGGGCUGCUGGACUCGCUGGAAAAAAAAGCGGACGAAUUGGAAGUGGAAAAGGCGAAUGAAAAGGCGGCGGUGCAGAAUGAGAAGGAUCAUGAAGAGGCAGAAAGAGAAAAGGAGAGGCAACGAAUGAAGCAGAUGAAGCUGGAGAGAAUGGGCAAGAGUAAAAUAUACUCCAAAAUUGAUUUGCUCGAAAUUUUUGUGGGAAAUAAGUGGAACACUGGUGAGGAGAGAUUCAAUUUUAUGUUAUCCUACAACCCAGAUGUAGAUUGCCAUAAGAUGGGAAGCGCCAUGAUGGGUUCUUGCAACAUUAAUCAUAUGGACAUGAAUGGAAUGCACGCGCAUAACCACAUGGGUGGUGGCCAUGCGCACGAGGGAAAGAAUAGCAUGUACAGUAAGAGGUACAUGAAUGCCGGAGGUUCUGGAGGUGGGCACGGAAGUGGGGGCAGCGGAGGUAUGAAUAAUAACUACAUGGGGGGAAAUAAUAACCACGGCAAUAACAGUGGCAAGCAAUUCGGAAUGAACUCCGGUGGUGGAGGCAAGAACAACGAUGAUGUGUGGAGGUACGCCCAAGGAGGUAAGAGCGGCAUGAACAAUAAUGGCCAUUUUGCUAACGGUGGAGCAAAUAUGAAUUUUGGCGAUAUGAAUCACAGUAAUAGCGGUAACAUUGCAGGCUCUGGAGGUAAAGGCGGCAUGGGAUCUGGAGGCGGCUCCAUGGAUGCACAUAAUGCGGGUAGCGGUGGGUUAGGAAAGAUGGGUCAGGCAAAUCUAGAAUGGAGAAAAAAUGAUGGAGAUAAAUUGAAAGGAUUCUUUGAUUCUACACGGGCUGUUGAAUCGCCAGAUGCAUGGAGACAUAACAACAAUCACAGCGGAGGAGGAUCUUCCGGUGGAGGAGGCAAAACGGUGGCUGAAAAUAGCUGGCUGUUGAAGCAAAAUCAGUUAAAGGCGGAUAAGUACACGUGUAUGAUGAGGAAGCUGAGGGGCAUUCUUAACAAACUGACGUUCGAAAAGUUUGACCUCCUAUAUGAGCAGAUAAUCCUCGUAGGAAUAACCAAAUUGGAAGAAAUAAUUGGUUUGAUGAAGCUCGUUUUUGAGAAGGCAGUAACGCAGCACCACUUCGUGCAGAUGUACGUCCAGCUGUGUAAGAAACUGAAUGUGCACUUCCAAAAUAUGAAGCUGGAAGAUGACACCACUGUGCAGUUUAAGAAGAUCCUAAUUAACCAGUGCCAAGAUUCGUUUGAGAAUAAUUUGAAGCCAAUUGAGUAUCCAAGCAACUUGACGAAUGAGGAGGAAAGGUUUGAAUUUGAGCAGAUGCACAAGAAUAAGGUCAGGGGAAAUAUGCUGUUCGUUGGAGAGCUAGUAAAAUCGGGAAUCAUCUCCAUCCCCAUCGUCUUCGUUUGCAUUAAGCAGCUGCUGGAGAAGAGGGAGAGCUACAUCUCCGCUAAGAAUGACACCAAUGAGGGGAAUCUACAUUUGGAAGCCUUAUGCAUGUUUUUGAACACCGUGGGGGAAAUCCUAGAUACCCAUGAAAAGGCCAACCAGGAAAAGGUAAAAGAGCUGUAUAAUACUUUACACGCUUUGAUAAACGAUGAGAGCAUUACCUUCCGUGUCAGGUGCCUCAUUAAGGAUGUUAUUGACAACAGAAAUGAAAAAUGGAACAAGAAGUUUGCCCACAAGUUGGAGGGACCCACCACCCUCAGUGUGCUGCACGAUAAGAUACUGAAAGAAUCCAUCGACCAAAGUAGCAGAAGCUUCAAUAGCAGUAGCAAUAACAUGGGAAACUACCACGACAGCAAGAUGAACAGCAGCCUCAGCAACAUGAGGAACAACCUCCUUCGCAACGUCAAUUUUAAUAUGAAUAGCGGCAACUCCGGCGGGGGAGCUAACGUGGGUGGCGGCCUCGGCGGCAGCAGCAAUAACAGUGGCAAUAGCAAUGCCGGAUUUGGCAUGAUGAACAUGAGGAACCUCGGCGGGGGGAUGAAAAAUAUGGACCCGAAUAAGAAUAUGAAGAAGCUCUCCCUAAAUUUGAUGAAGGCCAAAAAUGCCAGCGCGUCCAAAAUGAUGGGCGACGAUAUGAUGAAGGGCGCAGGCGGGGUAAGCGCGGUUAGCGGGGUUAGCGGCGCGUGCCAGGACGGGGCCAACGCCGGUGGCAGCUUCUUCGACAUGAUGUCAAAGAACCACUUGGCCUUUAAGAACAGCCACCAGGCCUUCAUGAACAACGAAGGUGCUAGUGGCGGUAACGCGGCGGGCGGCGCGGGCAGCAGCGGAGGCGGCGCCUUCUUCAGCAGCCUGAAUUCGAGGUUCCCGGCGAAGGAGAAGAGCGGCAGCAGUGGCAGCCCCAGCGAGGGCAAGUUCUUCAUGCGAAACUUUAACCUGAAGAAGAGCCCAGUGGGGAGCGGCGCGGUGGGCAGCGGCCCUACUGGUGGGGGCGCGAUUGGAAGUGCCGCGAACAGCGCUGCGAAUGACGCGGCGGGCAAAACUGAGGAGCAGCCCAACGACGCCCCGAUGACCGCCACCGCCUCUCCCUCCACCGAAUCGGUGAGUGGAAGCGGCUCCCCGAAUGACGGCGCGGAGAAGGGCGCCCCAACUGCGGGAUCUCCCUCCGCGGGGGCGAACGGCGCAAGUGACGACUACGCCUUCACGGAGGAGUACCUCCCCAAGGUGAACGAAAUCCUGGAGCUGUCCACCAUCACAGGGUCAGACGAAUGGGAAACGCUAACCAAAAAAAUUGAGAAUUUGAAUGUCCCCCCCAAAUUUAAUGAGAAGCUACAAAAGCACAUUUUAAAGCUUACCCUUAAGAAAUACGCCUGCAACAAAAACGUAGAAAAAAGCGCAGAAUAUUUUGACUGGCUCAUCUCCAUUGUGCUGUUGAACAAAAUCGACUUGGAAUCCUUUAAGCCCUGCUGGAAGGCCUUCAUGCUGCAGGAUGACGAAAACGGCUAUGAGUGCACCAAGGAGGACUACCCCCUGCUGCCCUUCCUCGCGAAGAACUUCAUCAAGGCGAUUGAAUUGCAUGACACGAACCACCUGCUGUACGAUGCGGCCACCGUCGACGAAAUGAAGAGCGUCAUCUGAUGGGGGUGCACGCGCAGCUGGGAGGUUAAGAAGUGAAAAAAGCAAGGUCAAAAGGAAAAAAUAUAUACAUAUAUUACAUAUAUAUAUGUGUAUAUAUGUGUGUUUUUUUUUUUUCCUUUCCACCAAGUUGCCACCGCGCAACGUGCGCUGCGUUUCUGGACGAUUAGUUGUGAUACUGCAUAUUGUGGGGACGCCUCCCCAAUGUGUAACUCACGCGCCAUUUUUACUUCACCCCCCCCACACACCUUCUAAAAUUGCGCGUCAUUUUUCCCGCUGAGCGUUGCGCCUAUUUUGAGAAGUGCCCCAGCGGGUGUGCAACCCACUAGGCGUAUCACAUUCGUUUUAAAAAAACGCCCAAUUUAGAACUUUUAUAAUUGCCCAAGUGGCAACUGCAGUUGUAAUUUUGAUCUAAUCGU